GCCAAUGUAUUACUCCAACUCGCGACGUGUACGAGAACCAAUAUUUCCAUCGUAAUACGCCAACAGAUUUUUUUUUUUUUUUUUUUUUUCAUUUUUAAUCUUUUGCUUAUAUUAAAAAUAAAAAUAGUAAAAUAACUCUAAAGUUAAAUAUUCAAGAGAAACACAUUUUCAAUUUUCUCAACUUGUCUGCUCAAGCUAAUUAUUUUUGUGACCUUGAACUUGAGAAUUUAAAAACUCUUGACGUUGAAGAAAAUAAUAAACCAAGAAUAAUGACAAUCGAUUUAUAUUAUCUUUCUUUGAGUCCACCCUCACGUGCUGUUAUAUUACUUACUAAAGCGCUUGGCAUUCAUUUAAAUUUAAAAGUUAUUGACGUUUCCAAAGGUGAACAAUAUAAAUCGAAAUUUAUUAAGGUGAAUCCACAACACACAGUUCCGACCAUCGAUGACAAUGGAUUUAUUUUAACCGAAAGUCGAGCAAUAAUGGGGUAUCUUGUGGAUAAAUACGCUAAAAAUGAUUCUCUCUAUCCAAAAGAUCCUAAACAGAGAGGCAUAGUCGACGAGAGAUUGUACUUUGAUUUAACGCGUCUCUAUUACAACAUAUUCAACGCUUACAUCUUUGUUGCCUUUGGGAUGUCAAACUCCGUUGAUGAUGAUAAAGUUAAACAAAUAGCUCGUGGUUUUGAAAUUUUGAAUACAUAUUUAGAAAAUAGUGAGUUUGUCGCUGGAGAAAAUUUAACAAUUGCUGACUUUUCAAUAGUGAUAAGCGUUGGACUUGCUGAGAUUUUUGGGUUUGACAUAACAGCUUAUGAUAAUGUUGUUGAUUGGUACAAUCGCUGCAAAGAAGCCCUAGAAAAAUAUGGAUACGAAAAAGUUAAUGCCCCAGCUGAAUUAUUGGGCGAAUGGUUUCGAGCCAAUAGCCAAUAGUCAAUAGCCAAUUUUUAGGUUCUACUUUAUUAAUAAAAUUUUUUUUAAUUUUAUUAAACUUUACUAUUAAUUGUAGAUUGAGGAUUCUUAUCCGGAUAAAAGAAUUUUUAAUUCAAAUAUUUCUUUAUACUUUGUUGUAUUCUACCGUUAACGAGAUCAUUAAAGUUGGAUUAACAAAUUUACGGGACCAAUGUACCGU